UCUGCGUGUGUGCGUGGAGCCGAGCGUCCAGCACCAGCAGUGAGUCACCUGAGAGACUGAAGAGGGUGAGCUGAGUGGGCCUGGCGGCCAUUUUACAGUAGGUCCUAGGAGAAACUAUCCACCUGACCACAGAGGCAAGUCGGGUCAAACAGUUUCUCCCUCUCCAUGUCUCAUAAGGAUUCUGUGAUUACCUCUUUCUCAAUGAAUUACCAAAAUCAGCCCACAGCAUGAAAAGCUGGAGCAGGAAAUACAAGAGACAAGAGCCUGACAGUGUGGUCGGGUCCUCCUCUAGCAAGAGGAACUCCAUUAGUGAUGAUCCACCAGUGCCUGUGUGGGUUACUCACACACCCACACCAGAUAAUAUCACGGACGAUGAUGAGAACUCCACGGGCCGCACAUCCAGCACUCCACCGUAUGCAGAGAAGGAGGGUGAUGACAAAAAAGGGAGCAUGAAGAACAGGCUGAAAUCCCUCAUCCCUCAGUCAUGGGGGGCCAUCAUCCAUAAAUGGACACGGGAAGGUGACAGUUUCAGUGACUCUGAACCCAGCAGCACUAGGAUCCAAAUCCUUCCCAAUGGGACCAGGGUGAGCCCUCCUGUAAGUCCCCUGAUUGAGCGCAAGAACUGGGGAGAAUCACUUGGCAGCUCCAGCCAGAACUCCAAUAAGCCUUUGUUAAGGGAGAGCCCCACUGAUGAGCUGUUUCAUCAAGGCCCUGGCGAGGAAUCUCUACUCACCAGCAUCCACCCUGCAGAGUACUACGCUGAGAAGUUGGAGGUCUAUAACCAGAAGUACUCUUAUUUGAAGUCUUGGCCAGGCCUGCUCAGACUUCUUGCUGGACUUGAGCUCCUGUUUGGGGGCAUGGUUUUUGCCUGUGUCAUCGCCUACAUCCAGAAAGACAGUGAGUGGUCCACUGCCUACGGACUCUAUAAUGGUGCAUAUAACAAUGGGCUUGGUAUGUCUGGAUACAGCUACAGAGGCCCCAUGACUCCCUUCAUUCUGGCCGUAGCUGGAGUCUCCUGGAUCAUUACCUUGUGCCUCUUGGUGAUGGGAAUGACCAUGUAUUAUCGCACCAUCCUCCUCGACUCCCCUUGGUGGCCUCUGACGGAGGCCUUCAUUAAUGUGGCACUGUUCCUGCUCUACAUGGCGGCAGGGAUCGUAUACCUGAACGAUUUAAACCGCGGGGGGCUGUGCUACAUGACAAUAGGCGUAAACCCCAUCAUGGCCAAUCUGUGUCGGGUUGAUGGGGGCCAGAUGGCGGGAACAGCUUUCAUCUUCAUCAACAUGACAAUGUAUCUAGGAAGCUUCCUGGUAUGUCUGAAGAUGUGGAGGCAUGAGGCCGCACGAAGGGAGAGGGAGUACUUUGAGAACAAGCCUCAGGAGGAGUUUCACCAGUCCAUCCCACUGGCCCCACCAAAACCAAAACGCAUUUCAUUCAAGGAUGAAAUGGACAAAUCUCUGAGCAAAGACCAUUUGAGUCCACAUGCAUCAGUCCCUGAGGCCCAAAAGAAGCCGAUUAGUCUGAGGAGAGACACGGCAUUCGAAUACACCCCUAAGGCACACAUCGUCGCAGACUACAUCAUAAAGUAUCCAGAGAUCAGCUGUGUGGAAGAACGCGAGAAGUACAAGGCUGUUUUCAAUGACCAGUAUCAGGAAUACAAAGACCUCCACCGAGACAUCAGCACCACCCUCAGAAAGUUCAGAGAGCUGGACACCAUGAUGGCACGACUGCUCAGAGAUGGAAAAAGCCAGGGGGAUCAGCAGAGGAUUCAAAGCAUUUUGAAGACGUAUCAGCAGAAAAAGAAUGAUCCUGCCUUCCUGGAGAAAAAGCAACGCUGUGACUAUUUGAAAGCCAAAUUAAGCCACAUCAAAAACAGAAUCCGCACUUUUGACCAGGAGACUAUGGCAACAGGUGAAAUGGCAGCAACAUCCACUAUGUAUGAUAGCCCCCCUGUGUAUACCCCACGUUACAGCACCACCUCCCAAAGCUUCUAUCCCCCAAGAAGCGUCUAUUCCCCUCAGAGUCAGUAUGUCCCCUACACCUACAGCGUCCCUCCAGACACCUACUGCAUGGAGGCAAGGCCUCAACACUUCUACCGCUGGUUUUCUCCACCUGGUUUUGUCAAAACCUUCCAGGGAGCCACCGUGCUCAUGUGUUUCCUCAUCUUCGCCUGUGUUGCUUCAACCUUGGUGUGGGACAUGAAUGGAUUUGGAUAUGGGGGUUAUGGUGUUGGGGCUACAGGCAGCGUCACAGGGACGGGGUCGGGAUAUUAUGGGGGCAGCUACGGCUAUGGCAGCUCCUACAUGACGCCACAGUCUGCCAAGUCGGCUAUGAUCUCCAUGGCAGCCAUCAACUUCCUGGUUUCUCUGGGCUUCCUGGUGGGGAGUUUCUCACGGUCCCCGAUGAUGAGGGGGUGCAGAUUUUACCUGACUGUGUUCAUCUGUGAUAUCAUCUUAGCCGUCCUUCAGGGCAUCAUCGACAUUAUCUUUGUGAUUGGGGUGAACCCAAUGUCUCAGAGCUCACAGAGCAUGUUGUACAACCCCAUGCUGAUGAUGUGUCAGAGCAUCCAGGGCAGUCCCAGCCUCAGCGGCAGCGUAGGGGCUGGUUUUCCGGGGGGGUUCCCCAUGUACAAUCAAUACCUGCACCACUACUGCUACAUGGACCCUGAAGAGGCGGUAGCGUUAGUGUUGGGUCUGAUGGUGGUGUUGGCUCUGUCUCUGUCUGCGUACUACGCCUACAAGACCCGCAGCAAGAUUUGGCGCCACGGCAAAGCCAACAUCUACUGGGAGGCGCCAUUGCUCAGGCCAUCAGAGGGGCAAGACGUACAGGACUGGGUGAACCACGUGGGAGACGUGCGCAGCACACAGCAGGCACCAACUGUUGUUGUAUCAGAGAGAGCGGCGCCUGACCUCAGGGUGGCGAACAGUGUGGUCUCCUACGGCAAUGGAACAGUCAGCAUCCACAGCGAAGGGAAUUAUAAAAGCAACAGUUUUUCUGCUGACAACAGUAAUAGUCGGGGUGCUGAGCCUCUGUACCAGAACAGCAAGGUAGCAGUUUACUCCAGCAGCUCCUCUGACGAAGCUGAUGGCAUCCGUAGACCUCCUCCUUAUAAUGAAGAGUGGGGACAGAGGGAGGCACGAGAGCCCCAGCCCACUGCUCAGAAGAUUGUGGAGUCUCAGUAUGAAACUGGUUACACCACCGGAGACACUGGUAAUGAGCUGGACCGGGACCACAUAGAUUACCUUCACAGGCUGUACCCAGAGAUAACUUCAGAUGAGCAGCGGCAGCAGUACAAAAAGGAGUUCGACUCUGAUCUGGCCCGCUACAAGGGCCUCUGCGCCGAAAUGGAUGACGUCAGCGACCAGAUGCACAAGCUGAGCCGGGAACUGGACACGUUGGAAGAGGGCUCCAUGAAGUACCAGGGUGUGGCAGAGGAGUAUAACCGACUGAAAGACCUGAAAAGGAGACCAGACUAUCAAGCCAAGAAGAGGCAGUGCAAAGAACUUCGGCAAAAGCUUUUCCACGUCAAACGUUUGGUGAAAAUCUACGACCACGGUCUUUGUUAGUGCAUCUCAAUAAUCUGAGUCAGUGAUGUCAAAACAGCUGAGGGUGAACACUGACAGGGUGUGAUCUGGCUGAAGAAAAAAAUGAUUUAUCCUUCAUUUUUUUCAGUUUUGCUGCUUUGAAUUGUAAAAGUUCAGCCCAUAUCCAGUGACCCUCACACAGGCCUCACAGUCACUGAACCUCAACUCUGGUUUUGACCCUGAUGUUUACAGCUCCUGGAUUACUUUUACAGCUGUCAGAAUAAAGCUACAGACUUUGCUCUGUGUGGUUGUAUUUUAAAUUUCUUGACAACUGGCACUGUUUGACUUUGUUGUAACUUGAGUAAGAUUUUCCGUUAUUACUUUAUAUUUCAGGGGCAACUUUGAUUUAAUAAUGUUUAAUCAGAGAAUAUUGUAUUUGGGGACUAAUGAAUGUCAGUUUUUAUAUGGAGAUAUUAUACAUGUGUAUCAUGAAUGAAGAAAGGAAGAAAGAUGAGAUGUAAAUAAAUUAACAGUUAAAACA